AACCAAACUGCCUGUAUGGGCCUAGGAGUACAUGGGCCUAAAUCCAUAGGCUCCCGUCUAACCAGUGGGCUAACCCACUUCCCAUUCUCGAGGGCUCGUGUCUUGUCCGAGUCGCCGGCGGCGGCGGCGGCGGCGGCGAUGUUGCGGUCGGCGCUGCGCCGGGGAGGGGCGGCCGUGAGGCACGCCGCGUCGUCGUCGUCGGCGGCGGAGGCGGCAGCGGACGGAUCUCCGGGUGCCCUUCUCCGGCGGAAAGUGGCGGAGCGGGAGCGCGCGCGGAGGCGGCCACGGGACCCGUCCCGCGACGAGUUCUUCGUGGCGACGCCGGAGUCGCUCGCGUGGCUCGACUCGGCCUCCCUCCCCAUGGUGCUCACGGCGGCCGCCAUCGCGCUCUUCACCAAGCUGCUCAUGAUGGAACAUGAUGCAGCAGAUCAAGAAAGAGGAGAACGCAAGAUAAAGAAUAGCCACCCUGAUCAAGGAAAAGUAAGGAUGCUUACGCGUGAAGAAUGGGAUGAGAUCCAAGAAGUCAGGCCAAGGACCCCUUUUGAAUCGAAGUUAGCUCGUCCGCAUGCCCGUAUAAGAACUGGGGAACCAGUACGGCUGGAGGAUGUCAAGGAUUGGGCUACCGAUAUGAUCAUGGAUGCUUUUACUAGAGCAGAAGAAAGUGCUAAGAAAAAAUGAUUCAGAAGAAAUGGACAACACUAAAUACGAACAAAGUCCCUGGUCCAAACACCCCGUCUGUUACAAUACUGGCAAGUGGUGAACCACACCAAGGAUCCGUGAAUCUUCAUCGUCAGUCUGGCCAGGUUCAUCUGGAAAGGUAAUAAUGUACUUACUGUAUAAUCUCUUUAACCAGAGUUUCGGCACUCCUCGCUCUCGUGAUUGGGCGACAAUCGCGUGAGUCAUCUGAGUUUGGAUAGAGAGGCCAAUAAUUCCCAUCUGAGUUUGUGACUUGGUCCUGAUUGCUCAGAUGUGCUUGGUUUUCUCACUUCGCCAUCUUUUACUCCUUGGCCGAUACUGCCACAUUUACUGUGAUUCCCUCGAUGCACGCGAGUGCACGUCGUUGACGCAGACGCCAGACAUGGACCGAUAGAACAGGGACAGUUUUUGGAAUCUGAUUCGCUGAGUGAAGAGUGAAGUGGCAUAAUAGAUUUGUUUGUCAUUUGUGAAUAUUUUCGGAUGAAGACUGAUGGAUGAUAGAUUUGUUUGUAAAUGUGGCUGUUACCAGUUA